AUGGAAAACGCCUUUGAAAAAUGUGGAUUUGAAACAUUUGAUAUGCCUUCAUCAAUUUACUCGAUAGGAUAUGAGGCUUUUAGAUAUUGUGAGAAAUUGAGAGACAUUCAAAUCUCACCAAAUAUAAAAAUUAUAUCAAGUGCAACAUUUAUUUUUUGCAAAAAUUUGACAAAUGUAAAACUUCCUGAUAAUUUACAACACAUUCAAGCAUGUGCAUUUAAAAAUUGUAGACAACUUGAAGUGAUCAAAAUCCCAGCAAGUGUGUGUU